AUGGAUAUGAAUGAUUUAGAAAUCGACCCAGCUAUCGCAGAAGCAAUGGGCUUCACAAGCUUUGGCAGCAAGCGUCGCAAACACGCCGCUCGCGCAGACGAUGCUUUCAUCGACGACAGCGGCAAGCACAUCCCAGCCAGCACUGGCGCAAAUGACAUCCCAUUGGGCACGAGAACGGUCGCCAGCGAAGCGAAAGAGAAGUUUCAAGAGCAAGGAAAUGUAGAGGACAAUGUCGCAUCAACAACGAGAGGGGAAGGUGUGCGGGAACAGCAGGCAAGAGUAGGAGAGGCGCAAUCAGACAACUGGACUCCUGGUUUACCGAACCCUCAGGAGCUUGCAGCACUCAGAAGAGGCAUCAAGAAUGCGCGCGGUGAUAUGGUUGUCUUUAUGCCAUCGUUCAUUGAAGAUCCUUGGAAGGGACUUGCUUGA